GGCGCCGUGCUGCGCAGCGCGGUGCUCGCCUCGCAGUCGGAGCUGUACCGCGGCAUGGCCAAGGUGACCAACUGCGGCGGCGCGGGCCAGUGCCUGUCCUGCCAGGUCGAGGUGCUCGAGGGGAUGGAAAACCUCUCCCCCUUCACCGACGCCGAGAAGAGGAUGCUCAAGAAGAAGCCAGACAACUACCGGCUGGCCUGCCAGGCAAUCGUGAACGGCGACGUCAAGCUGAGA